GGCCCAGAAACCCUCGAAUGAUCGGCUCGGAAUUUGUACUGAAUGAGAGGGUGAAUGAGUCAGUGAGCACAUUAGGGAAGGCAGAGGAUGAAUUUUGGGAUGUUUACCAUUUAACAUGGAUCUGCACGGAGCGGGAGCUAAUAAAGUGUGCCGGCGUGUUGGUGUGACUGAACCCAGGGGAGAGUAGCCACAGUCCGGAUAGUGUGUUAAAGUUUGUGGCUGACUGGCCCUUUAGUGUGCAGGCGGACUCAGGCCAGAGACAGUGAGGAUGGGUGGUGGAGGCCAGCUCACAGAGCCAGGUGAGCCAGGCAGCGGGCGACCUGGCAGUGUUUACACCUGGGAGGAGGUGCAGAGACACUGCAGCAGGAACGACCAGUGGUUGGUCAUCGAUCGGAAGGUUUAUAACAUCACACACUGGGCCAAGAGGCACCCAGGCGGGUUUCGGGUCAUCAGCCACUACGCUGGAGAGGAUGCCACAGAUGCAUUUGCUGCUUUUCACCCGGAUCCAAAGUUUGUGCAAAAAUUUCUGAAGCCCCUGCUGAUUGGAGAGCUGGCAGCAACAGAGCCCAGCCACGACAGAAACAAAAAUGCUGCCAUCAUACAGGAUUUCCACACUUUACGCGCUCAUGCAGAGAGAGAGGGUCUGUUUCAGGCUCGGCCUUUGUUCUUCUGCUUCCACCUGGGUCACAUCCUGUUGCUGGAGGUCCUCGCCUGGCUGAUAGUGUGGCUCUGGGGGACGAGCUGGAUGCUGACGCUGCUGUGCUCCGUCAUUCUGGCCACUGCUCAGGCGCAGGCUGGAUGGCUACAGCAUGACUUCGGUCACCUGUCCGUAUUUAAAAAGUCCAGCUGGAAUCACGUUCUGCACAAGCUUGUCAUCGGCCAUUUAAAGGGAGCUUCUGCCAACUGGUGGAAUCAUCGACAUUUCCAGCAUCACGCUAAACCCAACAUCUUCAGUAAGGACCCGGAUGUCAACAUGCUGCACGUCUUUGUAGUUGGAGCCACCCAACCAGUAGAGUACGGUGUGAAAAAGAUAAAACACAUGCCCUACCACCGCCAACACCAGUACUUCUUUCUCAUUGGACCUCCGCUGCUCAUUCCAGUUUAUUUCCACAUUCAGAUAAUGCGCUGCAUGAUCUCCCGCCAUGACUGGGUGGAUCUGGCUUGGUCCAUGUCCUACUACCUUCGCUACUUCUGCUGUUAUUUACCCCUUUAUGGCCUGUUUGGAUCAAUGGCGCUCAUCAGCUUUGUCAGGUUUCUGGAGAGUCACUGGUUUGUGUGGGUGACUCAGAUGAAUCAUCUGCCGAUGGAUAUCGACCACGAGAAGCACCAGGACUGGCUGAGCAUGCAGUUACACGCCACCUGCAAUAUCGAGCAGUCCCACUUCAACGACUGGUUCAGCGGACACCUCAACUUUCAAAUCGAACACCAUCUGUUUCCUACGAUGCCGCGCCACAACUACCACCAGGUGGCCCCGCUGGUCCGUGCACUGUGUGAGAAACAUGGGAUUCCUUAUCAUGUGAAGACAAUGUGGCGAGGCCUCAUUGAUGUUGUCAGGUCACUGAAAAACUCAGGGGACCUCUGGCUUGAUGCAUAUCUUCAUAAAUGAUCAGCUGAUUUUAUCGCUUACACUGUAUAUAAAAGGAGUGAAAUCUCUCUCCUCCUCUGCAUCAUGAAUUGAUUGUAUCGGUUUGGUUUUAUAUUACAGUUUAUAGUGUGGGAAUGAUCUUUGCUUCUCUUAUUGUUAGUGUUAUAGUUCAGUCUUUUCAGAUUCUGUGCAGGAUUUUUAUAGUGCUCACAGGAUUUUUCUAAAUCGCCUUACAGUAUAUUAAACAACAGUAGUAUGGUGUUAUAAAUACAAUUGUGGAAACUGAUUGUGAGUAAUUUAAAGUAAAGUUUUUUUCUAUCAUGUGAUACAGUUUGAACAAUAAAACAUGACAGUUACGCUGACGAAUCCUGUGUAACUGAGGGUUAUGUUCUGCUCUUGUAAUUUUCUCCUUUCAAGCUUUUAAAACUUGUCUUCAGCUUUAAUUCUUGUUCUGAUACAAUAAAGAAUCUGUGUUGACUGUU